UAUAUAUUUGUUGUGUGUUUUGUUUUGUGUUUAAGAUGUUGAAUCUGGGAAAAGUAAUAGUAUAAUAGAAGCAAUGGGUAGAUCCGUCAAAGAGUUUGUAUAUAUAUAAUAAAAUUUAGUAACGGCAAGUCAGGAGUCGUCGGUGGAUCGUAGGAAACGUGAUUGAAUCUUAGUCAUCUUUCUUAUACGUGUUAAGAUUGAUUUUGAUUUACAGCCGCCGCCUCUUUUGCUUGGCAAACCCCUCUAUGCCUAUAAUUGCCUCACAUACGUACACUUUUGCAUGUUCAAUCCAAUUCUCUUUUGAAGUCAUUGGGUAUUGAUCUUGAGCUUCAAGUUUGGAAUCUGAAUAAAGAUUUUUCUUUAUUGAUGGGAGGAGGAAAUUCUAAAGAAGAUUGGAGGCAAGAGUCGCCAUCUUCAUCAUCAUCAUCAUCAUCAUGGGCGUCUCAUCAGAGUUAUCCUCAGUCUGGACCAGGCAGCUACAACUACCCUCCUCCACCCUCUUUUUCUCCAUCUCCUGCGGCUCCCAGUUUUGGUGAUCAUCUUCCUCAGCCGCCUUCUUAUAGUCAAGAGCAGGGCUAUGCUUAUCCUUAUCCUCCCCCACAGCCACAGCCACAGCCUUUGCAGACUACUCAUGCUGCUUCUUCUUCUGAUAGAAAAAAGUUUGAUCGUAGGUAUUCCAAAAUAUCUGAUAAUUACGCUUCUUUAGAUCAGGUGUCAGAGGCUCUAGGGCGUGCGGGUCUUGAAUCUUCUAAUCUUAUCCUCGGUAUUGAUUUCACCAAAAGCAAUGAAUGGACAGGCGCCAAGUCCUUCAAUAAGAAAAGCUUGCAUCAUAUCAGCAGCAAUACUCCCAAUCCUUAUGAACAAGCUAUCACUAUCAUUGGAAGAACCUUAGCCUCCUUUGACGAGGACAACUUAAUUCCUUGUUUUGGGUUUGGUGACGCAUCAACUCAUGAUCAAGACGUGUUUAGUUUCUAUCCAGAGGGUCGAUCCUCUAAUGGAUUUGAGCAAGUUUUGGCUCGCUACAGAGAUAUUGUCCCUCACCUUAAGCUCGCAGGACCGACAUCUUUUGCACCCAUCAUUGAAAUGGCGAUGACAGUGGUUGAGCAGAGUAGUGGCCAAUACCAUGUGUUAGUGAUCAUAGCCGAUGGACAGGUAACAAGAAGUGUGGAUACGGAACAUGGGCAAUUAAGUCCCCAGGAACAGAGGACUGUUGAUGCAAUUGUGAAAGCAAGUACACUUCCUUUGUCAAUAGUGUUAGUCGGGGUGGGGGAUGGACCAUGGGACAUGAUGCAGGAGUUUGAUGAUAACAUACCUUCCCGAGCUUUUGAUAACUUCCAAUUUGUGAACUUCACGGAGAUCAUGUCGAAGAACAAAGAGCAGUCUCGGAAGGAGACAGAAUUCGCACUCUCUGCUCUCAUGGAGAUUCCUCCACAGUACAAAGCCACCAUCGAGCUUGGCCUUUUAGGGCGAAGAAAUGGGAGUAUCCCAGAGAGAAUCCCACUUCCACCUCCGGUGCAGAGCGGUUCAACAUUCUUCAACCCCUCCAAAGCUUCCCCAAUACCGAAUUUUGAACCUAGUGUUCCUACUUAUCCCAUGGAAACCAAGGAUGUUGACGAUAAUCAGCUAUGCCCGAUAUGUCUGACCAAUCCCAAAAACAUGGCGUUUGGUUGCGGCCAUCAGACAUGUUGUGAAUGCGGUCCAGGCCUUAAGGUGUGUCCUAUUUGUCGUGCAUCCAUCCAGACCAGAAUUAAGCUCUACUAGCACCAAUCUCUCUCUCUCUCUCUGUAAAAAGAAUGAUAAUAAGAAAUGGGUUCUUUUGUUCUUUGAUUGGUUUCCGAAACUUUUAGCUUGUUGGCAAAUUUCUUUUUACUUUUAGUGCUUUUUUGCUUUGACUUUCUCUUCAUCUGUCAAAGAAUCCUAUUUUCAUCAUCAAAAAGGCUUUGCUGUUUUAUA